GUUCGUGGUUAGAUUUGAAAUAGAUGUAGUUCUGUUUCUUGUGCUAAGUCGUCAUCGUAAACACGCCAAGGACACACAAACAAAACAUGUCGACCUCCACCCCAAGCGACCCGCCGCGGUUGCAGGUCACCGUGCCAAACGGCGAUGGGAAGGAGUACACACUUCCAGAACCCGGCUGUACGGGAAAGACGCUGCUGGACACACUGCGAACUCUUUUCCCGCACACUGCGAAAGUGCCAAACACUUUUCUCACUCUGGUUGACAACGACAGUGACAGUGCGAGUUUUGCUUCCCCUCUGGACGCGAAAACCCGGUUCUGCUACGACCCGGAGGAGGAAGAGCCGGUCUUGCAUCUGUACCAUCCGUCGACGGGGAAAAUCGACUCCAGCGCGCACUCGGGGGAGUUUUUGCUGCUUGUUGCGCCGGUGCUCGUGCCCGACUUUUCCAAACUCGCCGGAGAACCGCCGGUCGACUAUUCGGAUUUGGACGCGUUUUGGUUGCCGAAGCUGCUGUUCCGCCCGGAAAUCUGGACGGACAUGGCCGCGUCGAAGUGGCUUUUGAACGAAAUUCUUGCGGAGUGUCCGAGGUUCGAAGGCGAUUUGUGCAGCGACCCGAGCAAUCCCCUGUUCUGGAUGUUUACGAAGCUCUACGAGGUGGAGGAGCUGAAAGGAAUCGUCAAGGAUCACGACUGCGCCUUAAACCUUUACGGUACCACAUUUCUCCAACAGGAGAUGAUGGGCGGCAGGCCGCGGGGCGCCGGAAUCGUGUUACACCCCAGAUACCAGCUGUGGGUAUUUCUGCUCUUCCACGGGGAAGAAGCGGCCUUCGAGGCCCUGCUUGCUACGGCAUUGGAGAAAUUUCCAGCGUUCCUGUCUCCCAUGAUGAACAAUCGCGCGGUCGACGAAACGUGGUGCGCUCGCGGGUGGAUGCGGGUGCUGCAGUUCAAGCGCGAUUUGAUGAAUGUCGAUCACGAUUCCGCCUCUUGUCCAACGUACACGAGCUACGACGCUACUUCGUUUUCGCUGCUGUUUGAGGCGGCGCUGCGGCACCAGCAGAAGGAGGUCGCGCACUUUCUUGGUUCUUCGUACCCGCAGUUGUUUUCGGAGUACGCAGCGCGGUACCCGUCCCGGGAAGAAUCCGCCGCGGCGAGCCGAGGGCUCAUUGACGAAGAAGAAUGUUCGGCCUGGUUCAAACAGAUGGUCUUUGACUCCGCGAAAAAGGACCGGGACAUCUUUCUGGACGUCCUGUGUGCUGUUCAGGGAGAGGCCGCGGGUCUGGAGCAGUACCAGAUUGGCAAUUUGGACUGCGGCCUCGCAAUGGGCGAGGACAAGCAGAAGCCGCAGGAUGGGAGCUCUGCGAGCGUCGACUCCGUAGCAAGUGCUGUGGAUGUGUAUCCGUGCAGUGAAUCCCCGUCCACCAAUGGUAAACUGCAAACGAAUGGCAGAAACGAUGUAAUUGCGACUGGCGAGAGUGAAACAGAUAUUUCAGGUAGGAGUGUGAAUCACCUCCCCACCUCUUUGAAUCACCUCCCCACGCAUCACCCCCCCACCCGGAUCACCUACCCACCUCCCCCGCAUCACCUCGUGACGCGGCCGCAUCACCACCGCAACGGCCGGAGGUGAUGCAGAAGCAGAGCCGGCUGCGGCCUUGGUUGUUUAGGGUCUAGGGUUUAGGGCUCGGGGAUUAGGGUCGUCGAGGCCAGCCGGCGCGACGGCGCCGUCGCGCCGGCUGGCCUCGACGAUUCUCUCCUCCUCGUGUGCUCUGUCCCUGCUCCGCCCUUGCGCGUUACUCUUUUGGCUUCCCCUUCUCCUUCGCCCUUCUGAAUGUUGUGCACCCUUUGCCCCCGGCGUGCCUCCGUGCCUUGACUCCUUGCGGCAUUGCUUUGCGUGCCCCGUGGGUCGUUCCCUGCUCGCCACCUUAGGGCCGCCGGCCGACAUCUGGUGGGUGGCCGCGUACAUAGGCGCAUCUGUCACGCAGGAUGAGGGCUCAUGUGCGUUGUGGCAGAUACCUGCUGGCUUCAUGGCCGCGAGGUAGAUCGAUGGCACAGAACGAAGCCAAGCAACAAGCAUCCAGACGUAGUCACGUUCUGGCCGACCACCACGGGGAAGUGCAACGUGGUGGGGAAGUGUUGGACGGCAGGGAGGUGGGGAGGUGGGGAAGUACCUCCCCACCUCCCCACUACUGGGGAGGUACCUCCCCACACGUGGGGAGGCACCUCCCCAGGGUGGGGAGGUAGGGAGGUGGGGAGGUGAUGCGUGGGGAGGUGAUUCACACCAUAACCGAUAUUUCAGCGUCUACAACCGCUGGAGAAAAGGGCGACGAGAGACCGUCUGUCGCCAAACCGGACAAUGAGGCGAAUCGCAGUCAGAAUUUGUUCAGUGCGAGUCAAAGUGUGCGCGUGCUGCCGGAAGGCGUACUAGAAGUGCUCGACAAGAAAUCUUCGGACGGGAAAUCCUGCACCGCGGCUCCGCGCUUCGUCCAUCUGGAAACCUGUGACUGCACGUCCUGCACGCGCAAACUUUCCUUGGGCCAGGAAUACGUGUUUUACGUCCGGAGGCGACUAAUGUACUUCUCCGAGUUCGUGCGAAAAUCGGUGAUGGUGCGGGACUUGUUUCCUGAUCUCACUGUGCUGAAAGUGGAUUUAGGAGAACAGGAACGUGUCUGCCGGAUGUACUGUAACGCGGACAACCCCACCUGGGUAAGCGCGUUAUUCUUUCACUUGCAUUUUCGUGUAUUCCGGACUCAGAUCCGGACAGGGUGAAGGCUCGCGUGAAUUUUUCGGAAACAAACAGCUGGAUAAAAUGCGUAUUAGGUACCACAGUGAACAACAUAAGUACUUCCAUUGUUAUGGGUCGACUGAUAACGAAUAUCAAAAAUAUAUUCGCAGAUUGGGGCCCCAAACCGCGAGACUUUGCAGAAUCCCGACGAAGUUUGCUGUCGUGUCCAUCCGCAUUCGCACCGGGUCACCGUAAAGUUCGUCUACACUGGGCCGACCGCACGGCGCAUCAUCAUCGCCCCGGUUCGUGACAAUUCUGCCACGGAAAUUGUUUCGGUGAUUCCGAAGCUUGUACGAGCCCGCUUAUCCGCGCUCGCAUCGAGACCCUCGUCGUUCAAGGAGCAGCUGAAAAUCGGAAUUCUCCCCACCAUCAGUUUGCCGACGUGGCGCGGUAUCAUCCCGGGGAGGGUGACACAAGUCGUGUCCGGAACAAGUGCCGAUGACGGAAGUAGUACAACAGGAGAGACGGUGAAAAAAGUUGUCCGGAGUGUGCCCAUGUCCAAAAACUCGCUGUUGUGCCAAACCCGACUUGCGGAUUCGAGAAAAUUGCGGAUCGGCUCCUCGUACGGAAAUUACCUGCAGGUGUCCAACUGGGCGCAGCGCGGUCAGUCCGGCGUCCGGCGCUUUCAGGAAACCGCGGCGCGGAUCACCGGGAAGAAAGGCGGUUUUGCGAGGAACCCGCGGGCGAUGGUUUUGUUCGCACCGGAGUAAAAAGAGAACAGGAACAGGUGCUAUUUUCCUGAUUAUGAUUUUGGUUUAGUGACUUUAAUUUUCGCAGGUUGAUGAUACUAGAUGCGUUUGUGUUUCCAGUCAGACCGGAACUCUAGAGAACUUUGAAACGAACAGUCGCUGAUCUCGAACUUUUCUUGAAGUGUUUAGCUUUCCUUUUUGGUUUCUGAAUCAAUCUAUUCUUGCAAUAUUGAUUUUUCAAAUGAACUUUGCUCAGAUGCCACUAAUUUUGCUUGUCUUGUUUCGAGACAAAAUGCGCUGACUUUUCUAGAACUCCAUUAGACUCAACGACUUUUCGAGAACUCCAUCAGACUCAAUGUAAGAGCUUCGUUUUGCAAGAAGAGUACGAAAAAAGAAUCAAGCUAGGUGUGGCCAAUAUGAAUGCACAAUGUCAGUAGGC